UCUGGAGUGUAGAGCAAGGAGCCCAGGUGUGGAGGAGGUCCAGGAGGAGCUGGGGUCUUCUGCAGAACAUUCCUCUAGUACAACUGGCAUGUCAAGUGAGGGGUGUGAAUACUUCUGCACCAGCCUGUCCUUCUGAAGCUACAGCAGGAGGGUGGUGGAUCCAGUCAGGGAGCUCCUAAUCUUCUGGAGGAAUCUGGGCAUCUGAGGCAAGAAGGGCAUCUUCCUCGGAACAAAGAGAAUGUGAAGCCUUGCGCAGAUUCCGGGGCCCCCUGGGGCCGCUCCUGGACCGCGCAGAGAGCGCACUCAGCCGGCAGCCGCUCCACUAAUGGACAGUAUGAUGCACGCGGGCUCAGGCCUCCGCUCAGGUUAGGAGGGUCCCCGGAGGUUACAAGAAAAGCACUCGGAAUAUCAGCAGCUCCUCACCUGACAGCAUGGGCCCCUGUGCGGCUGGCGGGCUGUCGGUGGCGGGGGCCGUAUGCUACAUCCUGUCCUGCACCGUGACAGCAUUAUGUAUGGAGAGGACGCGCUCCCACGCUGAAGAACGUCUUUUCAAGAACCUGUUUAGUGGAUACAAUCGAUGGUCCAGGCCGGUACCAAAUACCUCAGAUGUUGUCAUUGUCAAGUUUGGCUUAUCCAUCGCCCAGCUCAUAGAUGUGGAUGAGAAAAAUCAAAUGAUGACGACGAACGUGUGGCUCAAGCAGGAGUGGAAUGACUACAAACUACGAUGGAACCCAGCGGACUACGAUAACGUCACCUCCAUACGCGUCCCAUCAGAGAUGAUCUGGAUCCCGGAUAUUGUGCUAUACAACAAUGCAGACGGGGAGUUUGCCAUUACACACAUGACUAAAGCUCACCUCUCUCACACCGGGAAGGUGCAGUGGGUUCCUCCUGCCAUCUACAAGAGCUCCUGUAGCAUCGAUGUGACCUUCUUCCCUUUCGACCAGCAGAACUGCAAGAUGAAAUUUGGAUCAUGGACAUAUGACAAAGCAAACAUUGACUUGGAGAGCAUGGAACGAAACGUGGACUUGAAGGACUACUGGGAGAGUGGAGAGUGGGCCAUAGUCAACGCUGUUGGGACGUACAACACUAAAAAGUAUGAUUGCUGCACUGAGAUUUACCCUGACAUCACCUAUUUCUUUAUAAUUCGGAGGUUGCCCUUAUUCUACACCAUUAAUUUAAUCAUCCCGUGUCUUCUGAUCUCCUGCCUUACCGUCUUGGUCUUCUAUCUUCCUUCGGAUUGCGGGGAGAAGAUCACAUUGUGCAUCUCGGUACUUUUAUCUCUUACUGUGUUCCUCCUGCUGAUCACUGAGAUCAUCCCCUCCACCUCACUGGUGAUCCCAUUGAUUGGGGAGUACCUGCUCUUCACCAUGAUAUUCGUUACACUCUCCAUAGUCAUCACAGUGUUUGUGCUGAAUGUCCACCACCGGUCACCUAGUACUCACAAAAUGCCUCUUUGGGUGCGUUCUGUCUUUCUGGAUCACAUUCCAAGGUGGCUGUUCAUGAAGAGGCCACCAACUCCUGUAGAGCAGAUUUUUAGACAGUAUGACCCUCCCGAACUUAAACUUAGCACGUCCAAAUACUGGAUGGAGACAGAUGUGGACGAGAAGUGGGGGGAACCGGAGGCUGAGAUGCCACCUUGCCAGGUGCACCACAUCUCCAGCCACAAUCACAGUCUUCAGUAUCGUUAUGACUAUAACCAGCCAGUGCCUGGGGGGCAGUGUCAGACCCCUCGUCAGAGCAAAGUGGACAACGUGGAACCUAAUUUCUUGCUGUCACCAAGUAUUUUAAAAGCUUUAGAAGGAGUACACUACAUAGCAGACCACCUACGGGCUGAAGACGCUGACUUUUCUGUAAAAGAAGACUGGAAAUAUGUGGCGAUGGUGAUUGACCGGAUAUUUCUCUGGAUGUUCAUAAUCGUGUGUUUAUUAGGGACGAUCGGAUUAUUCCUUCCCCCUUUCCUAGCUGGAAUGAUAUAGGACAUUUUUUUGACACUUUCUGGCUCCUCUGCUGACAUGAGGAGGACUUUGCUAUUCACAUCUCAGGCUCUUGGAUGGACUGUGGCCUCUCACAGACGUGGCUCCUUCUGGAGGAACGCCGCUGACAAUGGACGCUUGCUCAUAAAUGAUA